AUGAAGCUCACACUCUCCCUGGCUCUGGCUUCGGCCACUGCCACUGCCACUGCCACUGCCACUGCCACCUCCUACGACUACAUCGUCGUCGGCGGCGGUCCCUCGGGCAUCAUCACCUCCACCCGCCUGGUGGAAGCCGGCAAGUCGGUGCUGCUGCUGGAGCGCGGAACAGGCCCGACGGUGGCCACCGGCUCCAACGAGACUCUCGCGUGGGAUUCCUCGCUGACGGCCAUCGACCUGCCCGGGCUGUCCUUUGAUAUUGGCGCCCUGCCGCAGUGGGACGAGUACAUCUGCACCGACACGGCGGGCAUGGCGGCGUGUGUGCUGGGCGGCGGCGUGACGGUCAACUAUAUGGUGUUUGUGCACCCUCCGGCGCACGACUUUGACGACAACGAUUACUGGCCCCAGGGAUGGAAAUGGGCCGAUCUCGAGGCCGCGGCAGAGCGCCUGUAUGCCGUGAAUAACGGCACCAUCCUGCCCUCCGCCGACGGCAAGCGCUACGACCAGGGCAUGUACGACAUCCUGUCCGCCUUCUUCGCGGCCCAGGGCUGGACCUCGGUCAACAUGAUCUCCCAGCCGGAUGAGAAGUACCAGGUCUACUCGCAUCCGGCGUGGAACGUCAAGAACCAGAUGCGUGCCGGCCCGGUGCGCACCUAUCUCCCCGUGGCGGACAAGUAUCCCAACUUCACCCUGCAGAUGGACACAAAGGUGCGCCGGCUGGUGCGCUCGGGGCCCACCAUCACCGGCGUCGAGGUGGAAACCAGCAGCGGCGAGAUCGACACGAUUCACGUCAAGAAGGGAGGGCGAGUGGUUCUGGCCGCGGGCGCCCUGUCGUCGCCUCGCAUCCUGUUCAACUCUGGCAUCGGCCCGGCCGAGGAGAUCGAGAUGGCUGCACAGGGGAACAUCACCGUGCCUCCGCGCAAGGAAUGGAUCGAUCUGCCCGUCGGCCACGGCCUGAAGGACCAUCCCAUCUUCUCCAUCAUCGUCCAGACCAACGAGACGGCCGCCUUCACCGUUCCCGACGGCGAGGCCAUCGUCAACGGCAGCGACACGGCAGACAUCGCCGCCUACACCAACCACCACGCCGGCGUCCUCACCCAGGGUAAGCACCGGCUCACCUUCUUCACCUCCAACGUCGCCAGCGACAACAUCACCCGCUACUACCAGGGUUCCUGUGCGCCCACGGGGGCCGGCAAGUUCACCAUCACCGCGUACAUGACCCACGGCUUGACCUCCGAGGGCGUCCUGGGCCUGGAUGCCGACCAGAACACCGUCUUCCUCCAGUCACCCUAUCUCCAGACAGAGCCCGACCGCCAGGCUGCAACCAUGUUCAUCACCGAGAUGGUCGAUGCCAUCUCCGCCUACCCCGGUUUCGACCUCGUCACCUACCCCAACGUCUCUUCCAUCUUGGCCUCCUUGACCAGCGGCAUUCACUGGACCGGAACCACCAAGAUGGGCACCGACAAUACCUCCUCCGUCGUCGAUCUGAAUACAAAGGUGUACGGCACGGACAAUCUGUUUGUCGUGGAUGGUGGCAUCCAUCCCGAUCUGCCCACGGGCAACAUCCAGGCGACCAUCAUGGUCAUCGCCGAGGCGGCCGUCAAGCGCAUCUUGAAUUACAAUUAGUAGUGAGCAGUCAACAGUGAACAGUGAAUAGUAAAUAGUAAACAGUGGUUAGGGAUAGUACCUAACACAUACUCCUAUCAACUAGUUCCUAGGCUCAUUCUAGUAGGCUGUUAGCAGGAUUAAUCUAAAGUCUAUCGACUAGCAGCGACUGCCGUCCGGAAAGU